AGAAAGAACGAAGAAACACUGCUUUACAUUUUCCUACAACAGAAAGAAAUAGAAUUAUUUACAUAGAGAGAGAAACAGAAAGAGAGAGAAAGAAAUACAGAGAGACAGACAGACACUGAAAUAAAGAGAGAGAAGAAAGGAGAAAAAAAAACAGUGAGGUACUUUCUGACGUUGACAAAGAUAGAGAGGUGGGAGGGAGAGAAAGAAAGAAAAAAUUAGAGAGAGAACAAAUGAAUGGGAGCUGCAGAAGCAGUAAAGGAGAAGGCACGUAGUUGUCUCUUCCUUUCUCUCUUCCCUCUCUCACGUCGGCCGGUCUUCCGUAAGUUUAAUUCUGAUGUCAGCAACGGGUUAGUUUUACAUUCAACAGCAUCUAGUGGAUUUUUUUUACAGCAGUGAAUAUUUCUGAUCAACGUGGAGCCAUGUCUAUGUUAGCAAAUGGUGUAUGUGCAAGAUGUGGAGAAGGAUUCCAGUUAAAAGACCAGAUUGUCAACUCAAAUGAUCAAUCUUGGCAUCCAGAAUGCUUUGUGUGUGCCCAGUGUUUCCAGAGCUUUCCAGGAGGGAUUUUUUAUGAGUUUGAAGGCCGGAAAUACUGUGAACAUGAUUUCCACGUUCUAUUUGCACCAUGUUGUCAAAAAUGUGGUGAAUUCAUUAUCGGCCGUGUGAUAAAGGCUAUGAAUAACAGUUGGCACCCUGAAUGUUUCCGUUGUGAACUGUGUACUGGACCUCUUGCUGAUACAGGUUUCAUGAAACUUGCAGGAAGAGCUCUGUGUCGUGAUUGCCAUGCUAGAGAAAAAGCCAAAGGUCUUGGAAAAUACAUCUGCCAUAAAUGCCACUCUAUUAUUGAGGAAGGCCACAUCAAGUUCAAGGAAGAAGCCUACCAUCCAUACCAUUUCAACUGCAAGAGUUGUGGUGUUGAACUAACUGCUGAUGCACGAGAGAAGAAUGGUGAGCUCUACUGUCUGCGGUGUUAUGACAAGAUGGGAAUACCAAUCUGUGGAGCCUGCAGACGACCAAUAGAAGAGAGAGUUAUAAAUGCUUUAGGUAAAUACUGGCAUGUUGAGCACUUUGUCUGUGCGAAGUGUGAGAAACCAUUUUUGGGCACCAGAUAUUAUGAGAAGAAGAAUAUGGCUUACUGUGAGAUACAUUAUCAUCAGCUAUUUGGAAAUAUUUGCUUCGUUUGUAACAAUAUUGUAGCUGGAGACGCCUUUACUGCCUUUAACAAAGCCUGGUGCGUUAACCAUUUUGCUUGUUCUGUCUGUGACAGGAAGAUGAGCCAGAAAACCAAAUUCUUUGAAUUUGACAUGAAACCUGUCUGCAAGACAUGUUUUGAGAAAUUUCCUGGUGAAAUGAAACGCCGAUUGAAGAAGGCCUAUGAUGAACACACCAAAAAAUAACCUGGCCACCAUAGGAACUAAUAGUCUUGCUUCAGUGCCUCUUUCUCUUUCUCUCUUUCCAAUCUAUUCUCUAGAACAGUCUGCAAACAAUCUGUAGCCUUAUUCUCCAUUUGUUGUAAGAAUUUCAUUAACUCAUCUGUCACCAAGGAGUGGGGAGGGGAAACAAAAACUGAACAGACAGUGCCCCAGUAUGGUUAUAACUUCUGGUUGAAACUGUUUAUAGAAUAAUAGAAUAUAAAUUAAUGAGCAUAUGUCUAUUGUUCUUUACUAUUGUGACAGUUUAUUUUCUUUGUUGUUUAGUGAGUGAAGCAUUUGUGUAUAGAGAGGUCAGUAUCAUCCAGUGGCUAGAUGGUUAUAGAACUGAACUACUUACUGACUUAGAGGUGAUGAGUUCAAACCAUGACUGGGAUAUGUGAGUGUUGUAUUCUGAAGCUCAUAUCUACCAGUCUCAGAGGCCCUGAUAAAUAAAUGGGUGAUGGAUAUUGCCUUUUUUCCCCCCACUUCACUAAGCCUUAAAAAUAAACCCCUACCUAAAUGCAACAAUGGAGAGUAGAAAAGAAAAAAAAAAACAGGUUUUCAGAGACUGUUUCUAGUAAAUAUCUAAGACAGAGAUAAGGGUUUCAAUAUUCAAAUUUCUUUUCCUAUAGACUUUCUAGUUUGACAUUACAAAUUCAUAAAACUGAAAUAUUUUCAUAAAUUAACCCUUUUGAUACCAACCCAUCUGAGACCAUCCUGGGUCCUAUGAUACAAACUUCCUGUUAAUUUAUGUUCCAAACACCCUUGAUACUAACAAAAUCAUUUUAUUAAAAUUUUCAUUAUUUUCAAAAUUGAAACAAAGGCAAUGCAUUUCAGUUAGUAACAAAAGGGUUAAAAUUGCAAUGGAUUAAAUCCUUUUUCUUUUUACUUAAAUAGAAAUAUACUGAAAAAAAAGAAACUACCCCCAAAAAAGAAAACUGGAAUUUUGAAAAUAAAAAAUUUUCAGUUUGAAUUUCAAUUAAAAUAUGAAAUUUUUUUGGGGGGUUUUAAAAAAUGACAUUUCAGUUUUACUGAUUUUGAAUUUCAAAUUGAAAUAUUAUAAGAAAAAAUUUUGAAAUUCUUAUCUCUGAUCUCAACUUAUCCUGCUUCACUUUAUUUAUAAAUCGUUUUUUUUUUUUUUAAUUAGACAUCUAGAAUUAGUCUAAAUGCCUUAAAUAUAUCUAUUUUCUAUACAAAUCUAUAUUUUAUUCUUGCAAAUGGUUUAUUUUUUAAUAAGUCUUUGUCAUUCAAACCCUUCACUUUCUCUAUAUUUCUCACUCAAAAAUAUUGCAUGUUUUUGCUAAUUAUCUUCUUUCCAAUAUUAUCUACCUACACACUUCAGAAUAGAUUUUUAUUUAUAAUUUUUUUAUUAAAUAUAUUUUAACCCUCUUUGAUGCCAGAAAGUGCUUCAGAGGAGUGAAGAUGACACCACUUUCAAUGGCAUUGAGUAAAUUUGAAGGGCACCUCUUCUUUGGAUACGACACUAUCAGAAGGCCCGUAUUAAUUGUGGACACACAGUCUUUUUCUUGUGACUAAACAAGACAUUAAAAACAAAAAUGAGAAAUUAUAGUGGUCCUGCUGCUUACAGUGUACCUCCCCAUGAUACCAAUUUACUGUUAGGUGGACUGAGCUGUUGAGUAGUGAGUGUCUUACUUGCUGAACAAAUGGUGGGACAUGAAUUGGUAAUCUUUUGGCUAGUGGAGCAGUAUCUCUGCUGACGUUGCUUCAGAAAUACAAGUCCCCUUAUUUAUAAUGUCCAUAUGAUAGCUUUACAGUUUAGGGCUUUCUCAAGAGCUUAAAACGUGUUAGGUUUAAGAAAUCCUGUGAUGGUAGCAUGCUUCGACCUGAGAUUGUGUAUUGAAACUGAAACAGUAACAUUGUAGAAGAGUCAUGUCAGCCAUUUAAGAACACACAUGCUUUUUACAUUCACCUUUGAUUUAUCUUAUGUUGCUAGUGUAGUACUUAGGCCUUUGAUAAUAGUUUACUUUAUAAACACUGUCUUGCACACUUACCCAGUCAGUUGAUUAAAUCACAUCAUCAUCAUUUUAACAGUCACUUUUCCAUGCUUGCAUGGGUCAGAUAGAAUUCAGUGAAGGCAGGUUCUCUGUGGCUUGGUGCCCCUCCUGUUACCAUAAAUAUAUUCUGUAUAAAAACAAGGUAUUAAUAUUUAUUACAUAUAGCAUUGGCUAAAAUCUACGUUCUGAAGUACUUAAUUGCAUUGAAACAAAAUGUUGUAAUUGCACACCAAUAACUUAUUAAUCAAACUAGCUGCCAAAUGCAUAAUAAUAUGCAAAUCAGUGUAUAUGAUUUACUUAAGCAUGUCUUUGAAGAUAAUUAGAAGAUACUCAGUUGCUGAUGAAAUGUCAACACUUAACUGAAACUGAUCUAGUUUAUCUCUUUUUCUUUCUGUUCCUGAAGAUGUAUCAAGAUCAGGUGUUUACAUCUGUCUGUCACAUAUACAAGGUAUCCUAAAAGUCCCUGUAUUCUUUCUUUUUUCUAUUUUGUUUCAAGUAUCAUUCAGAGAGACAUGAGGCCAUCAGCAUUUGACACCUUAGACUUUGCAGUUUUUGUAAGUGUAUCAUUCCCUUGCCCAUGGCUCACCAAUUGACGUUAGAGCAGUGUUGCAAAAUUGCUGCCUGGCAAGAAGUUUUUCAGUCCCCUACUGCAAUUCAUCGCAAGUUUGAGAAGGUUUAUGGCCAUCACACUGCUCCAACGGAUAGCACAAUUUAUGCUAUCCAUAGCAAGUUUCUCGAAAGAGGAUCUGUUCUUGACAAACCACACAGCAGAUGGCCUGCUAUUACCACCAUUGAUGAAAACACCAAACUCCUUAAGCAGGCGUUUCUGAAAAGCCAGAGGGCUGCACUGGAACUUAGCAUUAACAAAAGCUUUACUCAGCGGAUGCUUUGGAGAGUGAUAAAGCUCUACCUGUACCAACAUCAGGUUAUUCAAAGGCUUCAAGUGGAAGAUUAUGAUGCCCAUGUGGAAAUGUGUGAAUCACUCCUCUACCAUUACCAAAAUGAUUCUCAGUUCUUGGAAAACUUAUGGUUCAACGAUGAGUCUAUCUUUCAUCUCUCUGGUCAGGUAAACUGACACAGUUGUCGGAUUUGGGGAAAAUCAAAACCAGCAGAAAUUCUAAAAUAUGAACAAGACUCUCCAAAGCUGGUGGUAUGGUGUGCCAUGGGUAAGGGAAUGAUACACUUACAGAAACUGCAAAGUCUAAGGUGUCAAAUACUGAUCGUCUCACGUCUCUGAAUGAUACCUGAAACAAAAUAGAAAAAAGAAAGUGUAUAGUGACUUUUGGGAGACCCUGUAGUUUUGAUUAAAAUCUAUACAUAUACUUUGUAGUAAAUAAGUAUUUUGUGAUAAUAUUGUAUAUGAUAAAGUGUCAAAAUAUUGCAUCAUGGAUCUACAAACUAAUCACUGGUACAGUAUCAUUGUAUCUCUGAAAGUAUGUCAGUAGUCAGGCUGUAGAGGAAUGAUGAAAUUUUCUGAUAUUCUACUAUUAUACAAGAUAAAAAAAAAAUAAUGUAACAAUAAAUGUGUGUUGUAAAUGGCUAGUAUGAAUCUUGCAUGAUGUAUUUGUUAUAUAUAAACAUACAUACACACACAUGUAAAUAAGUUUAUAUUAAAAAAAAAAAAGCAUUCAUUAGCCAUGCUGAGAACAUUAAACAAAUACUAUUUAAGAUUUUUUUUUAAGAACACAAAAUCCGCAUUUGUAUCUUGUAUUGAACAAUGCAAUCAAUAAAAACUUUUGUUAUUAAUCAA